CCACUUGCCACAUCAGUUCAGUGCAACAGCAAACGUACAGUGCCACAAAUUAUUUCUGUUUGAUAAAGGAGAAGCCGGUGAGAAAAAAGAUGACCACACAAGCUAAAAAAGGGGGGAUUUGGACACAGUGAAGUGAAGCAAAGGAUUUGAAAAGGGGCUUGUGUUAUCCAGUAACAGCAGGAGCUGUAGAAAACUAAAAAGGAUAAAAGCCAAGCAAGGAGAGGACAAAAAGGACACAGAGCAAAAGGAUACUGCUCUUUCAUUGGAUUGUUGUGUUCCCUUGGAUUUCUCGCCUUUAUCCUCCUGAGCUAAGAGAAAAGGAGGAGACAGAGCCGCAACCACGGCAGGGAUGAAGUACAACUACCACGUACCGGUGUCAACGUACACUCGCAGUUCACAGUACACACCAACGUACCACACACCGACCCACUAUACCCCGACACAUUACACGCCACCUCUGUACACAUCCUCAUACAGCUCGGUAUCGAAGUACAAGCCAACGCAGUACAGCUCCACAUACUACACCCCGUCACAUUACACGUCCACCUCCAAAGCUGCAUCAACAUACGUGCCUUCAUACAGCAAAGGGUCUCGGUACAGUUCGACACAGCGCACACAAGCAAAGGAAAAGCCUGCACCUGUAAUACCUGUCGCACCAGCAAAAAGAACUGUGCACUUCCCCAAUGACAUCAUCUUCCAGGACAUUGUUAGACGAGGAGAUUUGGAGCAGAUUGGUCGGUUCAUGAGGGCAAGGAAGGUCCGCGUGGAUACACUCUUCCACUCAGGUAUGGCGGCGCUACAUGAAGCUGUGCUGACGGGAAACCUGGAGGUGGUGAAGAUGCUGGUGAAGUAUGGAGCUGAUGUCCACCAGAGAGACGAGGACGGCUGGACGCCGCUUCACAUGGCCUGCAGCGACGGCUACCCAGAAAUCGCCAGGUACCUGCUGGCAAUGGGAGCCAGCACAGAAGCAGAGAAUGAAAGCGGAGAGAAGCCGGCAGACCUCAUUGACCCGGACUGCACAGAGCUGGCUAAACUAUUUGAGAGUGGCUGUGUGUGACUGGCUGCCAAAUAGACCCAGUAUACAAAAAUAAGUUCCGCAGCCGCUUAGAGAAGCAAUAUUAUACAAUGCCCACCAAACCGAGCACAAGAACAUUUCCGCCGCUGCAUUUCACUGAUGUUGUAUCGCAAAACUCCUCAAGCUUGUUUAGUUUCAACAGCUGCUAUGAGGUUAUUAUUUUUCAUUUAUAGCUGUAAAGACAUACUUCAAUAAGAUUUUUCUGGUGAUUGCUUUAUUCUGUUUCACUAUAUUGGACUUUAUUUUGUGCAUUUGUAUAUUUGUCAUACUGCCAGUGUCAGCGCCUGUAAAUGUUUAUCUGCUCAUGUAGCACAUUUCAUGUCACUGUAUCAGAAAAUCGUCACUUGCUAUGCAUAGUUCAGGCCCAAAUAUUUACUCAUUUCUGGAGAAAAUUAGAUUUCUAUCCUCAUGAGCAUUUUAGUUUAAAUAUUUAAUCAGCUGUGUUGGUGUUAAGCAGUCAUUUGGUUGCACUCUGCAAGCUGUAUGUUCCAAAACUAUCGUCAUAUAUUGAAUUUGCAGAAGAGAAUUUGGGCUGAGAUGAAUGUGUCUUAUAGAAGGACUUAUGUAUCCUUACUGCUGGACAGAAAGAGGAUCUCCCAAAUAAAUAAAAAUGAUACUUGAUGGAUA